CUUACCAGCCUAAAACAAAGAAUGUGGAAGAAUUCCACUUGAAGGUCUGCUUGACACUAGUUUGCUAAUUGCAGGAGGGUUCAAUUCUAGAUGUUGGUGAAGUUAGAGAUAAAAACAUGGAUGUCUCUGAUCCUAAAGUGUUGGUUGAUUCAGGGAAGACACAGAUAUAUAACUAUAUUGACGGAGCAUCACUCACAGAACCACAAAGCUUGAAACACACUUAUAAGCAAAGAGCAGGGCUAGGGUCAGACAAUACCUCACAUAGAGGUCUGGGUUUUUCAGAAGAAUUAGGGAGGAUUCCAAGUGUCCCUAACUCAUCUCAAAAUUGUGUACCAGAAGAAGAAUCUUCUCUGAGUUCACUAUCCUUUGAGGAAGUGGAAACUGAUUUUACUUAUGGCGAUGAACUAAGUGAGGGUGAUGACUUGCUGGCUAGGAUACCAUCAACGGAGAAAAAUUCUGGCUUUCUGUCACUUGGAGGGUUGAAGUUAUACACCGAAGAUAUCUCAUGCAGCGAAAGUGUGGAAGAUGAUGACAAGGUUUCUGAUGGGGAAAGCAUGGAGUCCUUUGAAUCAGUGGAGUCCUCCGGAUCAUCUGAAAAUGAUGGCAUGUCAGAUGCUGAUUCAAGUAUUGAUGAAGAGGUUGCAGAAGAUUACUUUGUGAGUAUUCAGGGGAGUAAAAGAUUUGUUAAUUCUGAUCUUUUGGUAGGAAAAUUUUGCCAUGUCAUUGAUGAUGGUAUCUCUGGCAGCAAUGAUAGUGAUGCUUUGCAGAAGUUUGGUGGGAAUCAUUUUCAAGAUGCAUCAAAGGAGUGUAGCUUGAAGAAGCCUCAAUUAGGGAGGAAAUGUAGUGCAAAACCGGGUAUCUCUUGCACCAAUGCUUGGUUUUCUUCUUUGGAUGACCUUAUGGCUAUGAAGGAUUACAAAACUGUUUCUAAGAAAAAGAAGCAUGGUUCUAGGUUUCCUCUAUCUAGGCCUUCUGAAGCUGGGAAGAGCAAAAAUUUUAGGAGAUCUCCAGGUAAGGAGAAGAAACUUCAUAAAGAAACUAUUGCUCAUAAGCGUCGGGAGAGAAUGAUUCGCCACGGUGUUGAUCUUGAGCAAAUAAAUAAGAAAAUCCGCCAGAUGGUUUUGAAUGGAGAUGAUAUAUUAUCGUUUCACCCUAUGCACUCCCGAGAUUGUUCCCAGGUCCGCAGAUUGGCAGCACUAUAUUGCUUGCAGAGUGGAUAUCAAGGUUCAGGCAAGAAAAGAUUUGUUACAGUUAUCCGAACAGAAAGCACAUGCAUGCCAUCUGCAAGUGGCAGAGUCCACCUUAAGAAGUUAUUCAGAGCUAGUGAAGAGGAUGCAUCAAUCAAGGGUGAUAGAAAACUAGCUAAAAGGGGAUCAAAAGGACUUGAACGCGGGUAUGCUCCUUAUAAGUCAUUCAAGAAACCAGUUGAUGACAGUGGUACUAAAGAAGUGGAAGGAAAGAAAAAGAGUAAAGAUAAGCAUUCUUAUGCUGCUCAGCCUGUGUCUUUUAUCUCAAGUGGCAUUAUGCAUCCUGAAUCAGAGAUAAGAACUCUCAACGCGACAGAGACAGCUAGCACUCAUCAUGACAAGAACAAUGUCACUCACUCCUCAAGCCAUGGCGCCUUUGAGUUGCACACCACAGGCUUCGGAUCAAAGAUGAUGGCGAAGAUGGGAUAUAUGGAGGGCGAAGGUCUUGGAAAAGAUUCUCAAGGCAGAGCAGAAGUCAUCGAAGUGGUUCAGCGACCAAAAUCACUUGGAUUGGAAGCUAAUGUUCACGAGACUAGUAUCACGAGCUCAGUCAGCUCAGCUGCAAAGGCCCCUAAAAGAGUUAACAAAACACCCCACAAGGAGUCGCAACAGUUUGCAGCUUUUGAGAAGCACACGAAGGGAUUUGGUUCCAAAUUGAUGGCCAAAAUGGGAUUUGUGGAGGGCACAGGCUUGGGAAGAGAUUGUCAAGGCAUAGUGAAUCCUUUAGUUGCAUCUCGACUACCCAAAUCCCGAGGAUUGGGUGCAACAGGAUACAAUUGAAUAGGACGGAGGUAGUAUUGCUUAGACAGGAAAUGCAUAACCUCGGUGCAUGUAUUUUAAAAUCUGUACAACGUUAAUUAUAAGUGUUCUUGGUGGAUCUACUCUGGGAAGUGUAAACUGAGAGUGUCACUGUCAUCUCUCGGCUGUAUAGAUGUAAAGUUGCACCAAAUUUUCUUUAU